AUGGCUGAUGAUGUCAUUGACAGUCUGAAAAAGAUGAAGCUCACAUCAGAGGAAGAAGAAAUUAUAGCUAUCUCAGAUGAAGGAAGACUAGAAGCUCUUGAGAGUUGUCAAUUGAGUCUAAUUGGAAAAUUCCUUACAUGCAAACCCUUCAACAAGAUGGCAGCCAAAAAUACAAUACAAAGGGCUUGGGGAGUUGAUGACACAAUGCAGAUUUUAGAAGUAGGGCCGAACUUGUUUCAAUUUAAGUUUCAAUCUGAGUUUGAGAUGAAUCGAAUUUUCAAAGGGGGUCCUUGGACAUUUGAUAACCAACUUCUCAUGCUCCAAUGA